AAUUUGAACUCUCACCACUGGAUUACACAAGUGAAACAGUUCCUUUUUGAGUGGACGGCAUGGGGAGGUUGAUGGAGAGCCCCUUGUUAUGAGCGAAAAACACAUCUCCGCUUGUAGUUCUGUAUAUAUGCUGCUCUCUGGAGUACUCCGUUUAACCUGUGCAUAAGGACAUCGUCCUGAUACUGAAAGCUUCCUCAUGGCAAAUGAUGCAGAUAUAGCAGCGGUGGGGAGGAUUCUCAUCAACCCAAAGCAGGACCUGACAACGCGCUUUAGAGCACUUUUUACUCUCCGCAACCUUGGUGGACCAGAGGCCAUUAAAUGGAUCAGUGAAGCUUUUGUGGAUGAAUCUGCACUUCUGAAGCAUGAGCUGGCAUACUGCCUCGGCCAAAUGCAAGACGAGCGGGCCAUUCCUAUCCUAGAGACAGUCCUGAAAGACACUAAUCAAGAACCAAUGGUCAGACAUGAAGCAGGAGAAGCAUGUAAUUCUCUUUUCAUAAAGGUGGCAGAAACAUGUCAGCUGGCAGUCCGGAGGCUGGAGUGGCUCAUGAAUGGUGGGAAAAAGACAGCAGAGGGGACAGAUGAGAACCCCUACUGCUCUGUAGACCCCGCGCCCCCUGCUGCUAGAAAAAGUGUCCCAGAACUGAGGGUGCAGCUCUUAGAUGAAAGCCUGUCGCUGUUUGACCGCUAUAGAGCUAUGUUUGCACUGAGGAAUCUUGGGACUGAAGAGGCUGUUCUGGCUCUUGGAGAUGGUCUUCAGUGCAGCAGUGCUUUGUUCCGCCAUGAGAUCGGCUACGUCUUGGGUCAGAUCAAACACGAGGCCAGCAUCCCUCAGCUGCAGGCAGCUUUGGAGAAAACAGAUGAGAACGCCAUGGUCAGGCAUGAGUGUGCAGAGGCGCUGGGCUCCAUCGGGAAGGAGACGUGCUUACAGAUCCUAGAGCGCUACAGGAAGGACCAGGAGCGGGUGGUGAAGGAGAGCUGUGAGGUGGCACUGGACAUGCUGGAGUAUGAGAACAGCUUGCAGUUCCAAUAUGCAGACGGACUGCUCAGACUGCGAAGCGCUUAGUGAAACACAUUUCCUAAAACAUGUUAAUGUUACACAGCUGAUCCAUAUUUCAAACUCAAGUUAAAGCAUUUUGAAUGCUUGAAUAUUUAAUAAAAAACAUUCUUGCAGAUCUCUCUUGAAAAAACAGGAAGACGUUUACAUAAUAAAAGCAUUUAUUUGACCACAUAUACUUGUCUUAUUCUGCCUGUAAACUCUUAACAUUUUGCGUCAUGAAUAUUUGAGAUGUCACUAAUCAAGUUUCUAAUCAUCAGUAAAGUCUGUGUGACUCAUGUUAAAUCCUCCAUGCAUGAGCAGAGGUGAUUAGCAGAGCUAAGAGCG